GUUUGUCUUAAAUUUGUGAUUUUUGAAUUCGUGACUUUAAAUAAAUCUGUACUUUGUUCAUGGCCGACAUAGACGAUGUAUUUGGCAGGCUUGGCUUUGGGCGUAUGCAGAUCUUCAUAUUCUGCAGCUGUGCCGUAAUCCAGGUUUACGUGACCAACGAACAGCUCGGUUUAGUGGUGAUCGUGGCGGGUGCUACCUGUGACCUGGGCAUACACGAUCAUCGGCUCUCAUGGCUCUACUGCGCCGUCAUUACUGGCCAGAUUCUGAUUAGCCCCUAUAUGGGCUAUAAGGCGGAUGAAAUCGGACGGCGAAAAAUGCUGCUCAUAACCCUGAUCCUGAGCCUGGCGGCGUCCUUGCUCUCGGCUCUCAUGCCAGAGUUUUGGUCAUUUCUGGUGAUGCGCUUCUUCGUGGGCCUCUUCGUGACAGGACCAUCAUCGUUGAUUGUGACCUACUUGAGUGAGUUCACGAAGAUUUCGCUGCGAGGUAGCGUGAUCAACUACCAGAGCUACUUCAUAGGUAUCAGCAUGAUCUUAAUGACAUGUGUAGCCUCGGUUCUGCUUCCCCUGAAGUUGAACCACAGAAUCGUGAACGAUUAUGCCCUCACCAGCUGGCGAGUUGUGGUCCUACUCAAUCUGCUACCUGGAAUCAUUGGACUUGUCACUCUGUGGUUCCUGCCCGAAAGUCCAAAGUAUUACCUGGCCGUUGAUCAGCAAAAGAGAGCCAUGGAGGCGCUGGAGAGGUGCUGCCGCCUAAACAAGGGCAAGGACGUAACGCUCUCCAGUCUGGGCGUUGAGUCGGUAACUCAGCCACGUUUGCCCGAUAAGCCAAUCCACCGCAGUGCCUUCGCCCGUCAAUGGUACGAUGUGACUCCCCUCCUGCGUGGCCUAUAUUUCCGGCAUUUGGCGCUCGCCUCCGCCGCCAUUUUCAUAUUGUUAGGCACUGGCGCUGGUCUUGCCAGCUGGAUGCUGCGUGUCCGCAAUCUCACGCUGAAAAACAAGGAUUCGCAGACCAUCUGUGUGGUGCUCGAGAAAUUUGAUGAACACAAAAUGGAUCUUCCGAAGUGUGAUUUGGGAAUGGAUGAUCUGAAGGACUCUGUUUUCCAUGGCCUCGCCGUUCUUGGUUUCUUUAUAUUUACGAGCAUCCUUCUCAUCUGGUUCGGCCGCAGAGUCAUCGUUUUUCUAUAUGUACUAGGGGCAGCCCUUGCUGGCUUCCUCUUGAACUUUGCGAAGGACGAAACGUUGAUACUCGUUCUAUUUCUCAUUUACAUUGUUACUCCACUGUGCAGCCUGAGGCUGACCCUAUCGAUGCUCAUUGAUCUAAUACCAACCAAUCUCAGGGGCAAAGCUGUUUCCAUUAGUAUGAUGGUUGGGUGUCUGGGAGGCCUGGUCGCCAGCCUUUUCGUAGGCUACACCAUGAAGCUCAACUGCUACGUCACCUUCAAUACCUUUGUGCUGGCUCUAAUAUUUUGCGCCAUCUUGAUCGUAAUGCUACCCUCUGAUGGGAAUAUGAGGUUCAAAAAAGGAUCGGUGUAAUCCGUUGCAGCUUUUUUCUGCUAUCUUCUCUUGUAAAUCCAUUCAUUAAAUAAAAGUA